UUUUGGACGUAAAGAGAACUGGAAAAAAAUAAUGUCUUGAGUUUCCCUCUGGUGCCUUAGACGAAUCACACAUUAGUGGCUGUGAUUAAUGAGUGUAGUGUUUCCCGUGUGUGUUAACAGUAUAUUUUUCGCCGUGUGUGAUAGCUAUACUAUGUGAUAAUCAAAGAGGACUACUAUAAUUUAGAAUAUCAAGAUAGAUAGAAUAUAUAUUUGGUUGCAGCUUGCCUUGAAAUGGUUAAUGAUUUUUGCUGGUUAAACAAGGUUGCACUCUACGAUAGCUUAAGUGUGUAGCUUGAAGACUGUUAAGUAUAGCUUAAUCUGUAGCUCAAGAUACUGUACACGCUCUAGUGAACAAGCUCUAGUGAACGAUAACUCAAGCGCCUGUGUUCAGUAACACAAGGUAUAGUGCACGUCAACUUUAGCAACAAUGCAAGAUAACUUAAGCACGGUAGCUUAAACUACGGUGAACGACAAUUUCAGCUACAGUGUGUGAUAUCUAAAGCCACUUUACCAUAACUCAAGCUAAAAUGUAAAAUCGUGACUAUCUCGACAUCGUGUAUGACAAAUCAAACCACAGUUUACGAUAGUCCAAGUGUAAACUACGAUAAUUCAGGCUGCAGUGAACGAUAAUUUAAGAUACCCUUUAGUCCAGCUAUACAGUACACAAUAACUGUCAGUGCAUCAAUCAUAUACGGUGUAUGAUAACUCAAGCUAAUGGUGUAAGAUAACUCGGUUCACAAUAUGUAAUAGUUAUUUAUAACGAGUAAUAAUUCCACCUAUAUUUUGCGUGUCAGUCUGCAAUACGCUAUAUAUCAAGCUAGUGUAAUAACUUAGAAAGCUUCCAGUAAACAUUAACAACGCUUCACGUCUCGACUUUGUGUGUAUUAAAAGAGCAAAUGUUCUGCCGUAUUUGGGUAGAUUAUAUGCGCACGAUAACUGCCAAUAAUUCAUGCACAGUAAACAGUUAGUAAAUAUAUGACGAGUGUAAAUUAAAUAGGUCGUGAAAAGUGCGCCAUAACUGUGUCAUAAACAGUGCACAAAAAGUUGAUUUCAUGAACAGUGCACAUCAAGUUCAUAGUAUCUAAGUCACGUCGAAGUGUUCCAACUGUAAGCGGUACUCAGGCAGGAGUUCUCUCCAUAUUUUCCUUAACCUAGUCAUACCUCAGAGGCACUGUGCUAACAGGCCUUAUCAAUACCCAGCAAGGCACUGUGCUGCCAGUAACUGUGACCUCAGGGUAGGCACUGUUUUGCUGAGCACUGGAGCCAGUGAGAACUCGGUGACGUGGAGGUACGAGAGGUCACAGGGAGAUGCGAGGUGAAUGUUCCAUGACCCUGGUUAGCCCACUCCCCGCCACAUGACUCUUCCCUCGGCGGUGCUGACCGCUUGCGGGCCCCAGCGUCCCCUAGAAGAGCUGAAGGGGCGUGUUGACUAGUGAGGUCCCUCGGAGGACCCAGAUACCAGUGUUAUAUGCCCCGUGAGUGCCCCGCCCGGACCUUCAUUCCCCGUCAUCACCGGCUAGGUGCCCGAGGCUUGCUGAGACCGCCAGGAAGAAGGCGGGUGCAGCGGGUGCGGCGCAGGAGGCUGCAGGGGCAGCUUGGGAGCUAGAGCCACGGCCAGGGUGAGCUGGGUCAAGCUGGUGGCCAAGGUGGUGGGCCAAUCGGCAGCGGUGGAGGUGGUGGUGGGGGGCAGGACGCCGGGAGAACGCUCCCACGGGCCUGUGGCCCCUCGCACCAUGGAGGACAGCAGCGCCUUCACACUCGGAUCCUGCCAAAAAAUUGUCACCGAGGACCUCCCAGCCGCAAGAAGAGCCUGGCAAAUAGGAUACCACCCCGACGAGAAUGACGGGGGGAUCGGCGUCAUUGGGUGGAUCCUGACGGGGCUCUCAUGGGUGCUCGUCAUCGCCACCAUGCCCUUCUCCUUCUUCGUCUGUUUCAAGGUGGUGCAGGAGUACGAACGAGCCGUCAUCUUCAGACUUGGUAGAUUACUACACGGCGGCUCUAGAGGCCCAGGCAUCUUCUUCAUCUUGCCAUGCAUUGAGUCGUACUCAAAAGUAGACUUGAGGACCAGUGUUUUUGACGUUCCGCCCCAAGAGGUGCUGACGAAAGACUCAGUGACAGUGAGCGUGGACGCUGUGGUGUACUACCGCGUCAGUAAUGCCACAGUAAGUGUGGCCAACGUUGAAAACGCUCACCACUCAACGCGGCUCCUGGCACAAACUACGCUCAGAAACAUGCUCGGUACCAAGAAUCUUCACGAGAUUCUCGGAGAUCGAGAGUCCAUCUCGUGCGACAUGCAGGGAGUCUUAGACGAUGCCACAGAGAACUGGGGCAUUAAGGUGGAGAGGGUAGAAAUAAAAGACGUCCGACUGCCCGUCCAACUGCAGCGGGCUAUGGCGGCGGAAGCUGAAGCUGCGAGAGAAGCCAGAGCUAAGGUGAUCGCAGCUGAGGGAGAGCAGAAGGCCUCCCGAGCCUUGAAGGAGGCAGCGGAAGUACUUUCCCUCUCUCCGGCAGCCCUACAACUACGGUAUCUACAGACGUUAAAUACAAUUUCUGCAGAGAAAAAUUCAACCAUCAUCUUUCCCUUACCGAUUGAUUUCCUUCGUCACUUCAUGGGCAACGAGUGACCAGCCACCCUCACCCUGUCUUCCCAAAAUGCCUCCUUCGGAAGAAAAUGAAAGUUUUUAUACACCUCUAAAGCCCGUAGACCGUUGCCUGUACAUUAGAGGAUAGAGGAUAGUUCAUAAGAGUAUAUCACGUGAUGACUAACUUUAAGUUUGAUAUACUGAUUGUUAGUUAUAUGGCUGAAGGUUUGUACAAGGAACACCGCGGAAAUAGGUGAGAGGAAUGCUUACCAGUUGUGUGCAAGGGAAUCCUGGCCAAAAUUUACACUGAGCCCAAUUUAUUGUGUAUAAUUAAAGCUCACACACAAAUUUUGGAACUUCGGUCAGCUGAACUUUCUCUAUUUUGUCAGUAGCGCAUAAUUUCAAAAAUCAUUUUGAUAUUUUCAUGAAACUCAUCAAGGUCGAGUGUUCCUGUGAUCACUUUGUAUGAUAUUGUUAUCUUAUUAUAUAUUUAACCUGGAAUUAAUUGCACAUAUCUCUUCCUGAACCAAACGGGGCAUUUUAAUUUUUUUUCUGAACCCGAGGGAUA